AUGCCAAAAAGCUACAAUGAAAAUGAUAUAUGGAAGAUAAGAGAUGUAUUUGGUAGAGAUCUAUCAUAUAUUUCAAGUUGCCUCCCAUCAUUGGAGGAUUAUAAGCAAAUCAAUUUGAAUAGCAGCGAUUUAGAAAGCGGAUAUUCCCCUUUACAUGUAACUCUGAGAGAAAGAUUAUUACAGAAGAGUUUUCUGCUCUACAAGAGGUGGGUUGACGAUGAGAAACAGAUGAGUUAUAAAAUUGGACAGCACAUUUUGGCUCGAAAGGAUAGAGAGGGUCUUACACCUAUGGAUCUAUACAAUAUCGAAUUCCAAAGAGCCCUGAAAGUUAAACCACAAUUAUUAGAAUACACAAUUGAUAAUGGGAAUUUAAAGCCAAAGGUUAUUUUUGAAAAAGUUAAUCAUUUGGAUAGUGAAGGUAUAGCCACUACUAAAAGUUGUAGCAAUAAUGAGCUGCUAAGAAGUACAUCUUUUCUAGAAAUACCUCAAAAUUAUAGUGACAUGGCCAAAAUACGAAAUUUAGGUGGAUCUCAUUUAUUAACUUUCGGCUCAAAUGUUAACGCCCAAUUAGGUACAGGAAAUAAAGAUGAUAGACAGCAUUUUCACGAAACAGACUACCAACAACUUGGCGGAGAUUUACCACUAGACCCGAAAAAAUUUUCUAUAAAAGAGGUCCUUAUGUCAAGAUACCAUUGUUUAGUAAUUAAUUCUUUUGGAGAAGUUUUCACGUGUGGGAAUAGUAAUAGAGGUAGACUUGGUAACGGUGAAACUAACACAACAGUAUCUGUUUUUACAAAAAUUGCAACGUUUGAGACGGGUGUCAGACAUGUUUCCAUAAGCAAUCAUCAUAACCUUUUAGUAGAUGGGAAUGGCUAUAUUUAUUCUUGGGGGUGGAACCAAUAUUAUCAAUUAGGCUAUACAUCUAGUAAUAAACAGGGCGAUUCAAAACAUACGCUAUGUAAAUCAUCACCAAAAAGAAUUCCAUAUUUUGAUAAUAUUAAUAUCAAGUAUGUGGCGUGUUCAAAAGUACAUUCAUGUGCUCUAAGUCAGGAUAAUAAAUUGUAUUUAUGGGGACUAAAUCUUGGUCAGAUGGGAAAUAAAAAGCCAUUACAUGUUAAUCUUGAUAUUUCUCAUGACCAUAACAAUGGAUACAUUAUUGAAAGUCCACUAGUAAUUGAUUUGUCACAUCUACAGGUUGAACAGGUCUUAGCUCUAGAGCUUGUGACUUUUAUAAGAUGUUCCGGAAACACGCUAAUUGUUCUCACUGAUUUUUGUAUGAGGACUUUUAAGAUAUCUACCCCAAAACCUAAAAAUCCUACUAGAAUUGAUAUAUUCUCACAUUAUACACCAAAAACGAUAUCGGCUGACGUUGUUGACAUGAAGUGCUCUAAUAAGGUUGGAAAUCAUCUUUUUUUCAAAUAUGCUUCUGGCAGAGUCGGAUACUUGUCCCUCAAAAAGGAGAACGUGGAGUCGUGGUCAAAAUUAUCGAAUGAGCUGCCAAUAUCAUUUUCUUGGAAGCCAAAUUUUGCAAGAAACAAUUGUACAGAUUUUGCAGUUGGCUACAAUGGAGAUAUCAUAAUUUGCACCUAUGGAGGGGAAAUAUUUAUAUCUAGAAACCAUGCGGAAUUUGAAAGAAUUUACAGUAACAAAUUAAUCACCGGUAGGGCUGUUAAGAUUUCGAGUGAUACAUCACUCGGCUCCGUUGCAAUUAUAAAACAGGAUUAUCUAUUUAUGCCCGCCAAAUAUUUAAAAGAUACGUUUGAUUUUGAUCUGGCUAUUUAUUCACCAAUUUACCAAAACGUCGGUGACACAUUAUCUUUAGGAUCAUUAGGUCUCCAAUGUCAUGUUAAGGAAACUGACAGUCAACUCUUCCUGUCUUCAAAGUCUAAUAUAUCUAACUUGCGCUACUCAGAAAUUAAUGGGUCUAGUGUAAAUGAAAACCAAAUCAAAUGCUCCUCAUAUGACGUUAUUUUGAAUAAUGAUAGGGGCAUUAUAGAAUGCUAUUCGUUCAAAUCACUAUUUUCUCUUCGUUGUUCCAAGUUCCUUAAUGCUAUUUUAAAUGAUGGUAAAUUUACAGUAAAUAAUGAACUUUUUUUUACCGCUAAUGAAACAGCAAAUGGCAUAUUACAGAUAAAAACCCAUGAUUUAACCACAUCAGCUGUCUACUAUAAAAUUUCAGUUGAUCUUGUUCAUUUUCUACUAACUGAUGUUAAACCUGCAAACCAACAGAGGUCAAUAGCCAUAUUAUCCAUAACAGACAAUUAUGCACAUGGUACUACAUUGAGAAAUGCACUCAGUUCGUACUUACUGGGUAUGCUAACAAAUGAUACUGAUGAAAAUAGAAUAAAAUCGCCCGGUAACCAUCUGCUGGGAGAUACCAUACUAAGACUUAAAGAUAAAACUCUAAUCGUCGACUCAUUCCUACUGUCAGCAAGAAGCAAUUACUUCAAAGGGUUACUUUCAAAUAGUGUUUUUUGUGAAAAAGAUAAUGACGGAAAGUAUUUGAUUAAUUUGGAAAUUUAUUCCUAUAAACAGUUUGAUAUUAUAUUAAAGUACUUAUACGGUGUUGAUUUUUCUGAUCUGCACCCUCACUAUGAGAGUGAAGAUGGCGGACUCACUAAUUUUCUUGAAAGUCUAGUUCUGGCCGAUGAGCUAUGUCUAGAACCAUUAAAAUGCUAUAUGCAGGUGCUUUUAAGCCAAUUUAUUGACGGAAAUUCAAUUAUUCCAUUAUUUAUAUAUUCCGUGAGGAGUAAUGCAGAAAUGCUAUGUCUAUUAUGCUCCACAUUCAUUGCUAUACAUAUCGGCGUUUUGUUUGUCAAGGAUAACGUACAACUCAUAUCACAGAAUUUUGAUGAUUCUCAUUGGAAAAUACUACAAAACAAUAUAUCGUAUAUUACUUCUGAGCAAUUGAAUCACGAGCUGUGGUAUAACAACUCAACUGAUAACUGGAGAUCUUUGUUCAAGAAUGAUAUCAAUAAAUUCAAUAGCAAGUUCAUUUCCCCCAAAGAUAAAUUUAGUCCUAUUUUUGAUAUUAAAGAUACUUUGGAAGUUUCAAGCAAAAAGACUUCUACUGAUAGGAGGAGGUCAUCCACAUCGACUAGACCAAUUAAAUUUAAAAACACAACAAUGAAUAAUACUUCUGACAACCCGCAUAGAAGACAAAGUAAUGGCUCUGUCAGUAUAGCUGAAAAGCUGUCAGCAUCUAAUUCAUCUGAUGAGGACUCACAAUUUAUAGAAGUUACAAGAAAACCGAAGAGGAAGAGUGUUUCUAAUAUACAGGAAUCGCAGACUCCGGUGCCCAAGCUACAUCCUCCAAAACCAAAUAUUCUUAUCCAUAGGAAACUUUCUGGUGACGAGAAACUACUACCAUCCUUGAUAUCGAAUGAACCAAUUGUGGAAAUACCUAAUCAGAAAAAAAACCAAUCAGAAAUAGGCCCAAAAAAACCUAUUUCAUUUAAAAAAACCUCUCAAAAGGAAAGAAUUAAAACUACAACACAAGCAGAUAAGCAGAAAGAGAACAAAACGAAAGAAUCUGCUUGGACUAAUCAGAAACAAAACAGUAGUUUAUCAAACCCAAAAGACAAUCAAACCUCGAAAUUAGCUGCAUUGCCAUCUUUAAACGAUAGCAAAUUACAGAAACAGGACUUGAAACCAAACAAAAAGAGCAAAAAGAAAGCGAACAACAAACAAUCAGCCGAAUUCAUUAGCAGCGGUAAUUUUGCCGGUUUAACUCCCUACCUAAGCACAGUACACAAAGAGAGCGUCACUACUGAUACCACACCCUCAUGGACAGCCUCUACUGUAUCCGAUUUCAAACAAAAAGUUGAAGCACAAGAAUUUGAAAAGUGGUUUCAAGAAGAGAGCAAAAGAGUUCAAUUGGAAUUGGAAAGAAGGGGGUCUUCUCAUCAUGACGAAUUAAAGGUUCUCUAUGAUAGUUCACAAAACAUACCGGGCUUUGUCAUAGAUUCUAAUGUUAAGAAAGCAGGUAGAAAAAUCAAAGGAAAGUUCAAAGCAAAAUUAAAAAAUAAAGACGAGAAUAUAAAUAGUAUACAGUAA